CCGGAGCCUGGGCAGAUGCUGGGACUCGCGGUGCGGCCUCAGCCCGGGCACGGGGGUCGCGACCGGACCCCGAAGUGAAGGGAGCCGCCGCUGGAGAGGGGCUCGGCGCCCGGCGGGGACUGCAGUGACUGCAUCUGACCGUGCCGAGGGGCAGUGCCCUGUACUGGUCAAGAGCCAGACUCCCUGGGUUCAUAGCCUGGCUUUGCCACCUCCUAGCUGUGUGACCUUAGGCGAUGACUCAGGAUGCAGCCAGGGGCCACGACGUGCACGGAGGACCGCAUCCAGCAUGCCCUGGAGCGCUGCUUGCACGGGCUCAGCCUCAGCCGCUGCACCACCUCCUGGUCAGCUGGGCUGUGUCUAAACUGCUGGAGCCUACAGGAGCUGGUCAGCAGGGACCCGGGCCACUUCCUCAUCCUCCUCGAACAGAUCCUGCAGAAAACCCGAGAGGUCCUAGAGAAGGGCACCUAUGACCUCCUCGCCCCCCUGGCCCUGCUCUUCUACUCCACUGUCCUCUGUACACCACACUUCCCGCCAGACUCAGAUCUCCUUCUGAAAGCAGCCAGAACCUACCACCGAUUCCUGACCUGGCCUGUUCCUUACUGCAGCAUCUGCCAGGAACUACUCACCUUCAUCGAUGCUGAACUCAAGGCCCCAGGAAUCUCCUACCAGCGACUGGUGAGGGCCGAGCAGGGCCUGCCCAUUAGGAGUCACCGCAGCUCCACCGUCACCGUGCUGUUGCUGAACCCAGUGGAGGUGCAGGCCGAGUUCCUCGCGGUGGCCGACAAGCUGAGCACGCCCGGGCACUCGCCCCACAGCGCCUACAUCACCCUGCUCCUGCACGCCUUCCAGGCCACCUUUGGGGCCCACUGUGACCUCCCGGGUCUGCACUGUAGGCUGCAGUCCAAGACCCUGGCAGAGCUUGAGGACAUCUUCACGGGGACUGCAGAGGCCCAGGAGCUGGCCUCUGGCAUCAGAGAUGCAGCGGAGGCCCGGCAGUGGCUGAGGACCAAACUGCAGGCAGUGGCAGAGAAAGCCGGCUUCCCCGGUGUCUUAGACACUGCAAAACCUGGCAAGCUCCGCACCAUCCCCAUCCCUGUCGCCAGGUGCUACACCUACAGCUGGAACCAGGACAGCUUUGACAUCCUGCAGGAAAUCCUGCUCAAGGAACAGGAGCUGCUCCAGCCAGGAAUCCUGGGGGAUGAUGAGGAGGAGGAAGAGGAGGAGGAGGAGGAGGACUUGGAAACGGACGGGCAUUGUGCUGAGAGGGACUCAGUGCUCUCCACGAGCUCGGCAGCCUCCCAAGACUCCACCCUGUCCCUCGCCUUGUCCCAGGCCUCAGGGCCCACCCUCUCCCGCCGGUUGCUGACGUCCUUUGUCUCCGGCCUCUCGGAUGGCAUGGACAGUGGCUACGUAGAGGACAGCGAGGAGAGCUCCUCUGAGUGGCCCAAGAGGCCUGGCAGCCAGGAGUGCCGGGGCCACCGCAGGCCGGGGCAGAAGUUCAACAGGAUCUAUAAACUCUUCAAGAGUACCAGCCAGCUGGUACUACGGAGGGACUCUCGGAGCCUGGAGGGCGGCUCGCUCACAACACCGCCCCUGCGACGGGCAGGGAGCCUCUGCAGCCCCCUGGACAGCCCGGCGCUGCCCCCGACCCGGGCCCAGCGCUCCCGCUCCCUGCCCCAGCCCAAGCUCAGCACCCAGCUGCCCAGCUGGAUCCUGGCCCCCGCCUCACGCCCUCAGCGCCGCCGCCCCUUCCUGAGCGGGGAUGAGGACCCCAAGGCUUCCACGCUACGUGUCGUGGUCUUCGGCUCCGAUCGGAUUUCAGGGAAGGUGGCUCGGGCGUAUAGCAACCUGCGACGGCUGGAGAACAACCACCCGCUCCUCACACGGUUCUUCAAGCUUCAGUUCUUCUAUGUGCCCGUGAAGCGAAGCCAAGGGACCAGCUCCAGCACCUGCCCAGCCCCUCGGAGCCAGACGCCCCCACUCCCCACAGACUCCCCAAGGCACCCCAGCCCUGCAGAGCAGGGCACAGCCCCAUGGGAGGAGAGCACCAAUGACAUCUCCCACUACCUCGGCAUGCUCGACCCCUGGUAUGAGCGCAACGUGCUGGGCCUCAUGCACCUGCCCCCUGAAGUCCUGUGCCAGCAGUCUCUGAAGGCUGACUCCCGGCCCCUGGAGGGCUCCCCUGCCCAGCUGCCUAUCCUGGCGGACAUGCUGCUCUACUACUGCCGCUUCGCCGCCCGGCCGGUGCUGCUGCAGGUCUAUCAGACAGAGCUGACCUUCAUCACCGGGGAGAAGACGACGGAGAUCUUCAUCCACUCCCUGGAGCUGGGCCACUCUGCUGCCACUCGCGCCAUCAAGGCUUCAGGUCCUGGCAGCAAGCGGCUGGGCAUCGAUGGUGACCGGGAGGCCAUCCCUCUAACACUACAGAUUAUUUACAGCAAGGGGGCCAUCAGUGGACGAAGUCGCUGGAGCAACAUGGAGAAGGUCUGCACCUCCGUCAACCUCCACAAGGCCUGCCGGAAGCAGGAGGAGCUAGACUCCAGCACGGAGGCCCUGACGCUAAACCUGACAGAAGUGGUGAAAAGGCAGAACUCCAAAUCCAAGAAGGGCUUUAAUCAGAUUAGCACAUCGCAGAUCAAAGUGGACAAGGUGCAGAUUAUUGGCUCCAACAGCUGCCCCUUUGCCGUCUGUCUGGACCAGGAUGAGAGGAAGAUCCUGCAGAGUGUGGUCAGGUGUGAGGUCUCACCCUGCUACAAGCCGGAGAAGAGCAGCCUCUGCUCCCCAACCCAGAGGCCCCCCUACCCGCCGGCCCAGGCCGCGCCCGACAUCUGCUCCCUCCUCUGCCUGCCCAUCAUGACCUUCAGCGGAGCCCUGCCCUAG